AUGGCACAUUCUGAUUUAAACAGUCACAAGGUUUUCACCAUUGUUUCCUGGGUGUUAUCGGUUUAUGGUACCCUCAGAUACCUCGUGGGACGUUCUCCUGCUGACAAGCAUAAUGGAUUCCAUGUAAAUGAUACUCCAUUCACCGCCAACAUUCUUGUUACUUUUAUCUACUGGGUGGUUUUGUUCUUGAUGCAAUUGCUGUUUGUGAGCCAGGUAUUUGUUCCUGCUGCCAACAAUGAGGGCGAUGCUCGGUUGGACUACUCGAGAAAGGUGGGAUGGCAUUUCACUCUUUUCAACGUGGGCCACUUUUUGUGGUCAAUUUUGUUUGCUCGCAAGCAUUUUGUGUGGAGUGAAAUCGUAUUGAUCCUCAACUUUUUCAACAUCUUGUCAUUGUAUGCCACUCACAAAACUUAUUCGAUCAAGCCAUUGAAGGUUUGGGCAUUGAUCCAUCUUCCAACCGCAGCACUCCCCUUCUCGUGGUUGUUGCUCGCAAUCUUCUGGAACGGAGCAGUUAUGUUCCACGUCCACAAGUUUGUGGGCCGUGUGGUGAGCAAUGUGCUUAUUUGGGACUUUUUGCUUGCUCCCGGCUUGUUGUUGGUGGCCUAUAACGAUUGGGGUGUCGGAUUCAGUUCUGCCGCACUCAUGUUUGGGUUGGGUUUGGGCCAAUUUUUCACCAAGGUUUUCGCUUUGCAAUGGAUUUUCGCCUUUGUGAUUGCCGGCGUGUUGUUUGUGUUGAGUGCAAUUGCUGCCAUCACCGGCUCAUUGGGCACCUCCAGAGCCGUUGUUGACGAAGAAGCCCCCUUGUUGACAUGA